AUGCCGCCUCGCUAUCCAUACGGAGGUGGGCCACCGUCCGAUGAAGCGCAUUAUCAGUCGCCCGAUCGUCGCUACCCCCUGACCUCAGAAGCGCAACAGCAACCACUCUCACACGGUCACAACGCAUACCCAACUUAUGAUUUGGGUGCAGAGCCCACCUCGCCGCCUCACGUCUCUUUCGACCCCUACAUGCCCCCAUCCGCAUCAGGCGAUCACACCGGCUACGAGCAUCCCUCCACCGACUUUUACGACCAGUCACGCUCCUCCUAUCCUCCUCCGCAUAUGACUUCGCCACACAUGGCGAAUCCUUACACGUACUCGCAACCUCAUCAUGCCGGUGUGGACCCCUUCGACGACCGCACUGGCGACGUACCACUCUUGCCAAGGAACGGCAACUAUGCCUAUGCACCCGCCUCGCACUUCGAUGAAAACGGAAACCACGUCGGACCUGUAGACAAGUAUGCUGACGGAGACGAUGAUGUGAUGGACGAAGAUGCAGUCAAUGGCCAGGCAAGAGGAAGGCUCCUUCGUAACCCUGCUGCAUCACACGACGACGGCUACAUGCCUGGAGGCUUCGAUCCGACCAUGCUCGAGAACGGAGUGGGAGGUGUUCGCUACGGAAAGAUUCCGCAGCGUGUGCCGAGGCGAUACAAGACGCUCAAGCGAGUCGAGCUCUACCACGGCAACCUCGUGCUUGACUGUCCCGUCCCCUCCAAGCUCCUUGACAAGCUCAACGACCGAGAGUCUCGCGAGUUCACCCACAUGCGCUACACCGCCGCCACCUGCGAUCCCGACAACUUCAAGGACGAGCGCUACACGCUCCGACAGGUGCUCUUCGACCCACCGCGCCGAACCGAGCUCUUCAUCGUGCUCACCAUGUACAACGAGGACGAGGAGCUCUUUACCCGCACCAUGCACGGUGUAAUGACCAACAUCGCCCAUCUCUGUACUCGAGAGCGCUCCAAGACGUGGGGCAAGGAAGGCUGGAAGAAGGUGGUUGUGUGCAUUGUCUCAGACGGUCGACUCAAGAUCAACUCGCGCACGCUGUCCUGUCUCGCCGCCAUGGGUGUCUACCAGGAGGGAGUGGGUAAGAACGUCGUCAAUGGCAAGCCCGUCACGGCGCAUAUCUACGAAUACACUGCGCAGCUCUCGAUCGACCCGAGCAUGCACUUUAAGGGUCGCGAAAAGGGCAUCAUGCCCGUGCAGAUCCUCUUCUGCCUCAAGGAGCGUAAUCAGAAGAAAAUCAACUCGCAUCGGUGGUUCUUCAAUGCCUUUGGUCAGAUUCUGCAGCCCAAUAUCUGUGUCUUGCUCGACGUGGGUACCAUGCCACGGCCUCGUUCCAUCUAUCAUCUCUGGAAGGCAUUCGACAUCAACUCCAACGUCGGCGGUGCUUGCGGUGAGAUUGUCGCGCUCAAGGGCAAGUUCUGGAGUGCGCUACUCAACCCGCUAGUAGCUGCGCAGAACUUCGAGUACAAGAUGUCCAACAUCCUCGACAAACCGCUCGAGUCGGUCUUUGGCUACAUCACUGUGCUGCCCGGUGCUUUCUCUGCCUAUCGAUACAUCGCGCUGCAAAAUGAUGUGCACGGACAAGGACCGCUGUGCUCGUACUUCAAGGGUGAGACGCUGCAUGGUGGUCAGUCGGACGCCGACGUCUUCACAUCGAACAUGUAUCUUGCUGAGGACCGAAUCUUGUGCUGGGAGCUGGUGUCGAAGCGCGAUAGUGCCUGGAUCCUGCACUACGUUAAGUCGGCUCAGGCUGUCACCGACGUACCCGAUCAAGUCCCCGAGCUGAUCUCGCAGCGUCGCCGAUGGCUCAAUGGUUCAUUCUUCGCCGGCAUCCACUCGAUCAUCAAGUUUGGCUACAUCUACCGCUCCUCGCAUUCCUUCGGACGCAAAUUCGCGCUGCACAUCGAGAUCAUCUACCAGACGGUGCAGCUCAUCUUCUCGUGGUUCGGUAUGGCCAACUUCUUCAUCGCCUUCUUCAUUCUCACGAGCGCGAUGAGCGAUCUCAUCCCGGCGCUCAAGGUCCCCAACCUGGUGCUGUCGUACAUCUACAUCGCGUUCAUCAUCUUCUGUUUCCUGCUGUCCAUGGGCAAUCGUCCUGCGGGCAGCAAGUUCGGCUAUACACUGGCGAUGGUCGUCUUUGCGCUACUGACGGUGUACAUGACGGGCGCGGCGAUCUACCUUGCGGUGAGCUCGAUCAUGAAUGCGACGGGGGCCAAUGGGCCUGGUGCACAGUCGUUGGUGACCAACCGCAUCUUUGUCAACAUCGUCAUCUCGCUCGCCGCGACGUUUGGUGUCUGGACGAUUGCGAGCAUCAUGUUCCUCGAACCGAUGCACAUGAUCACUUCGAUCGUCCAGUACCUGUUGCUGGCACCGACGUUCGUCAACGUGAUCAGCAUCUAUGCAUUUGCCAACAUCAACGAUAUUUCGUGGGGCACCAAGGGGUCGGACACGGUGAUGACGGAUCUCGGAGUCGUCGGUGGCAAGGGCAGCACGAACCAGGUCGAAGUUGCGAUCCCCACCGAGUCUACGGAUAUCAACGACGCCUACGAUGAUGCCAUCCAUGUGCUCUCCAACAAGCCGCCCAAAGCGGGACCAGCAGCAAGAGACAAGGAGACUAAGCAGAAAGACUACUACGCAACUGUGCGCACCAACGUAGUUCUCUGCUGGUCCUUGAGCAACGCAGCGCUGGUGGUGGGCAUCUUGAACAUCAGCUCGAUUGGCACGAGGACCAUCUACAUGGGUUUCCUGCUGUACUCGGUAGCCGGACUGGCGCUGUUCAGGAUGAUGGGGUCGACAAUCUACCUCAUCAAGCGGCUGUUCUCGGGAGAGUAG